AUGCCAAACCUCUACGAAUCGGCAGCAAAGAUCCUUGAGUCAUUGGCAAAGCCCAAUGAACCAGUAAAUAAAAAGAAAGACGCUAAAAAAGAUACUAAAAAAGAAUCUCAAUCGUUUCCCUCUGUGACUAGUACCCAGCUUAAAUCGCUCAUAUAUACAAAUAGUCGCAGUACCACCACAAAUACAAUCACAUCUUCUUCUAAGAAGCAAGUCAAAAACACAAACAACCAAAACAAUAAUAAUGAUUUGCGUCAGCUGUAUGCUAUAGUUGCAUCUACACUCAAAUAUGCUCCAAUUUUAAGACCAGUUGUGCGAGCUUCAGAUUUGCUCAAUCCUAAGUUCCCCACUUUUCGUUACUUUGUGAAUGAAUGGCAUGCCAUGGCCAUGGUCCAAGAUUUGCUUUUUUCAAAGAGCGGUCGUAUAACAGCACCCAAAUGCAAAGCAAAAGAGGCGGUACUUCAAAAUAAAACUCGUCUUCAUGGUGAAUUUGUUAAAUGGAAGGUUCGUAACCGUGUUCGCGACCCCAAAACAGAUCUCGAAAAGUUUACAGUUCCUAUUCUUAAUGAUGCACAGCCAGUAACCAACCGUCAUGACGAUGACGACGAAAAUUUAGACGAAAACGAUGAGACUCCUGUGCGUUGGGUUCGUUUGAAUGCUAUUAAGUGUACCACUCCCGAUGAUCUGGUGUCUCGUGAGCAAGAACUUACUAAUGAGGGCGAGCUUAAGUUUGUUUCUGAUUGGCAUGACAUUCGAAAAAACACCGACCUUGUUGUUUACAAAGACAAAAUUGUCGCAAACCUCUACGGUGUCCACCCCAAGCGUUUCCCUAUCAUCACCACUAAACUUUACACCUCUGGAAAGCUAAUCAUUCAAGACCGCGCAUCUUGUUUACCUGCCACAAUCCUUGUUCAUAACCUCAAGGCUCUUGGUGUAGAUCUGAAGCCACCUUCGGAGCUCCAAAGCGGACAAAAACUCAAAAAGGGUGAAGCUGACAAGAGUUCUAUUCAGUUGAUUGACGCAUGCGCAGCGCCCGGAAACAAAACCACACAUUUGACUGGGCUUUCUCUGACUGCGUAUCCUCGCCUUUUUGCUGCCGCUUUUACCAAAAAUGGUAAUAAAAAUCCCUUACAGCACAAGUUUGUGGCUGCAUUUGAACGAAAUGAGUUUCGCGCAAAAACUCUAUCCAAAAUGCUGAACGUUGCUGGAGCAUCCAAAUAUGUAAAUGUCAAUGUUCAAGACUUUACCCAAAGCAAGCCUAGCGACUAUCCAAAUGUUUCUGGAUUUGUCGUAGAUCCCUCCUGUAGCGGGUCCGGCAUUUUUGGUCGUAAGAACGCUGCUACGCUUGCUAACGAAAACAAUGCAGAGGAGAACGAGGAGAAUAGCGACAACAAGAAAACUUCUCUCACCCAAGACGAAGAAACACGGUUGCUUAAGCUAGCAGGAUUUCAGUACAAAGUGGUCAAGCACGCUCUUUCUUUCCCAAAUGCCCGUGUCGUUGUUUACUCAACUUGCUCGAUUCAUGCACAUGAAAAUGAGCAUGUUGUAGACCGUCUUAUGAAUGACCCUCAAGUCGCACAAGCAUGGGGGUGGCGUGUGCAAUCACGCAAACAUGUUGUGCCAGAUUGGCCCCGUCGUGGUUUCCCUGAAGAGUUCCCGGUCUAUGCCCAAAAGCAUGCAGGAGAAGAGGAUGAGCUUUUUGAGCGUGAAAGAAUGGCAGAGGGAUGUGUGCGUGCGUUACCUAAGGAAGAUGGUGGCAUUGGCUUUUUUGCAGUAUGCUUUGUGCGUGAUUUGCCUGAAAGUGAGGACAACAAGGGUGAGGGUGAGGAUGAGGACGAAGUCUUGGAUCAAGAAGAAGAAUGGGGUGGAUUUUCAGAUUAA